AUGUCAUCAAUACAGCCAGAGGAGAAGCAAGAGACAGAGUCGGUUUCUGUUUUCGUUCGCCCUCUUGAGGUGACCGUAGCAGCCGAUUUUACUUCAUCUUCCGAGGCUCAGUCUCAAUCGAGUUCUAACGUUAAGCCUAACGUUCCUCCACCGCCACCACCUAAAUCUACCAAUACCGUUUGGUCGACAAUGACGUCUGUCAUCGAAUCUGAAACUUCCGUUAAGCGGUGGUCAACUCCUUUGAUCAAAAAAGAAGAAGGAACACCUCCAGGACCGGUACGUACUUUAUGCUAA